UUGUGAUCUCACAGCGUGAGUGUCAUUUGUCCCUUACUCGAUAAGAUACAUAGGGCCUUCUGCAGAAGCAGAGCCAAACGCAGAACUGCUUUCGUAAAAUUGUAAUCAUUAUCCAGUCAAACACGGAUUCCAGUUGGUCAUUUUCACCAUUGUCGCUACCAGGCGACAAAGAAAGCAUCCUGAAGAUAUCGACCAUAUCAAAAUUUGGUUUAUUAUUCUGAGCAAAUAUGACGGAUAUCUCCGGUGCUGAAUAUGAAAUCGACGUAGAGACUCUGGAGGCAGAGGGCGACGAUCAAGCGGGAUUCGCGACUCUGUCGAGCGCAGGGGAGGACGACCCGGGAUCCAAAGACGAUGAAAAAUCAGGGCACGUCAAUCUGGGUACGGGCGAGCAGAGAAAACUCAGUCGGACCCCGAAAUGCGCUCGAUGCAGGAACCACGGCGUGGUGUCGUGCCUCAAGGGCCACAAGAGAUUCUGUCGGUGGCGGGACUGUCAGUGCGCGAACUGUCUGCUCGUGGUGGAACGGCAGCGUGUUAUGGCAGCUCAGGUGGCGCUCAGAAGACAGCAAGCGACAGAGGAUAAAAAGGGUAUUUCAGGGAAACAGAUACCAGCAGAAAGACGCACUAUCUAUCAGAGACACAUUCGACCUUCGACCAUGCUGGCUAAAAGUAUUCUUGAAGGCUACAGGCCUGUCCAGUCUGACCCCUUCCUCGGCAGUGGCCCCACUCUGCCCCCUCCGCUGAGCGACCGCAUGCGCAAGCGCCGGGCCUUCGCCGACAAAGAGCUGGAGAGCAUCAUGCUGGAGCGCGAGUACAAGGAGCGCGAGCUGCUCGAGUCCGGCCAGGCCGCCUCGGCCGCCGCCGCCUCCCUCUUCCUGCCCGGGGGCAUGGUCCACGCCGCCGAGUACAACUCCUACAAGGCGGCCUUCUCCUCGGCUGUCGCUGACCACCACGCCUCGUCCGGCCUGGCGCCCCCGCCCAAGGAGCUGUGCGGCUUCCUGCCCGGCUGCCUGGACCUGUCGGUGCAGUACGCCGCCGGGCCCGCCAACGUGGAGCUCAUUUCGUCCAACGUGAGCGUGGCCACCACCUACCGGCAGUACCCGCUCACGCCGCGCUUCCUGGUGUGGCCUCGCGCCGGCGGCGGAGGAGGAGGAGGAGGUGGCGUGGUGGGGAGCGGCGCGGGGGGAGUGAGCAGCGUCGGGGACGCCCUCCUCUACCAGCAGUGCCUGCUCAACGCCACCGCCAUGCAGAACCUCAAGCCGGGCGCCGUCUGGGAGCCCAAGAUGAUGGCGUCGGCGGCGGCGGCGGCGUCCGAGAGCCACUCGCCCGAGAGCCAGGACACGGCGGCGGUGACGGCCUCCAAGCUGGAGGGGUCGCGGGCGGCCAGCGAGCUCAGCGAGCUGCAGCAGAGCAGGACGGGAGGAGGUGGAGGAGGAGGAGGAGGAGGAGGUGGGGAGGUCAUUCAGCAAGCUAGUCUCGCCCAGGUCCACAGGGAGUGCUCUGCCUUCUCCCCUCCGAAGAGGGGCUUCAGCCAGGUCUACCAGGGUACAUCCCCACCACCUCCAUCUAGCCACCAUCACCACCACCACCAGCAGCAGCAGCAGCAGCACCAUCCACAGCACCACCACAACCCGCAUGAGCACGUCCUCAACAAGCUGAGCAAGCACAGCGCCAAGCACACGCUCUCCAUGAAGCUCAACCCGUUCCACUCGCUCAUCCAGCAGACGCUGAGCGAGAAGUCGGGCGGCGGCGGGGGCGGAGGCGGCGGAGGGGAGCUGCGCGGCCCCUGCUGCAAGGACCUGCUGGAGGAGGCGGCCAGGAAGUACCGCGAGAGCGCCGCCCUGGAGGAGCUCGGCGGCGGCGGCGGCUUCAAGGCGCUCGACAGAGACAGGCUCGCCAAAGACUUCAUGGCCAAGUCGCCCAUCGGGACCAAGGUCUCGUCCAGCGAGAUGCUGUCGUUCUCGGUGGAGGCCAUACUGAAGAGGCCAUCGCCCUCUCUCAAUAGAACAUCUCAGUAAGGACUUGACUAAGUCAGUUGACUGUCAGUUGUUUUUUUUUCCCUCCCUUGUUUGUUGUUUUGUGUGACAUACCCAACUAUGCAAAUUGUCCUAAAACAUUUCUAUGGGAUCUUUGACUGCCUAAUGCCCAUAACCUCUGCAGCUCUUCUAGUACUUGUGUAAAUAUUAAUGCAAUGAAAAGUUAUGAUAUGCAAAAUGAGCAUGAUGUACAUCACUGUAUCAUUUAGAGUAUUUAAAUGUAUUCAUAAUGUCAAUAAACCCUUUUAUAUGUAAGAUUUUGCAUCUCCGUACUUUAAGGAUCUUUGUAUCAUUUGUAUUGAGCUUGAAUUCAUCUGAUGUCUAAAUAUUAUUUAAAAAUGUUUAGUUUUAUUUCACCUAAUAUGCUAUAGUAAUAUUACAUAAUAUUAAUAUGAAUAUCAAUAUUACAUUUAACAAUCAAACAGCUUAUCAUUUGUCUUUUCAUGCAAAAAUACACAAAAAAACAUUCAAAAAUAUAAAGCUGAUUGUAGAGUGGGAAACUGAAUGCUUUUUGCUUGAAGUAAACAUAAAACCCAUUAAACAUAAGCACACAAACAUGGCUGAUUCACUUAUAAAUUAGCAUAUUAGAAUAUAAAGUAUCAAUUAAUGUUGUAAAACAAACCAGAACAAUACGUUUACUAUUCUUACUAGUUGCAAAACAACACUUUUGACAUACAUGUACUGUACAUGCUAUUGGUAAACAGUCAGUGUUAAAAUCACAUGAUGAAA